AUGCCCGCCAUUUUAAAUCAUGCAUCGGGGAGUGCCAAUCCUGCAACGUCGUCGUCCGCUCUUUGGGCCUAUUUAGAGCCUGCUCUGGACCAUAUCAUCAAGUCUCCAGUAAAUGAUCCCAAUGGAAAGGCUCCAGCUAUUGAUUUUCCUCUCUAUGCUGGUAUACACUCCGCUUGCUACAAUUAUUUCACCGCUCAAAGUGAAGCAACUAAUUCCGCUAGCUCACCCUCUGCCAAAAGUGUAGCCAGCGGCACGGACAUUUAUCAUUACCUUGAUAAAUACUUUGCAGAUACUGUCCGUGAUAUAGCUCUUGGUUCUCCCCAGGACGAGUCCACCCUUAUUCAUUACAUCGUUCCCUGCUUCAACCGAUUCAGUGCUGGGGCCCAGUCAGCCAAUCGACUGCUUAGCUACGUCAACCGACAUUAUGUCAAACGGGCUGUUGACGAAGACAAGGGGUGGCUGCGACUAAAUGAUGUCCUCGAGUCUGUUGCCAGAACGAUUACUAUCGACGAUACUCGUGAUAAAAUUUCCCAGAGGUUGAGGGAGAAAAGGGCAGAUGAGCUCAAGAAGUGGGGCUUCGAGGAGGGGCAGUCGACUGACCAAGCCGCUUUCGCAGAGGCCUGUGCAGAAGCCGCAAGCCCUCUCGACCGCGUCAUACCAGUAUCUUCUCUUGCUCAUCGUCGAUUCAGAACCGAGUUUAUCGAGCCCUUGCUAGCCGCUCCCAAGAUGAACGGCAAGUCAAAAGGGAAACACAAAAUUCCAAAAGCAGGGGGAGGGUCUGCUCCUUCACGUCCCAAGGGGCGCUUAGCUCGUGCAGUGAAAGAGCUGCUCGAGUCGGACACAAUUGACGAGGAGACCCGAAGUUACCUCAUAACAGGGCUUUCAAAGGCCCUGCAGACGGUGGGCAUUCGUUCCGAUCAUCCUUUGCGAAAGAAGUUAAACAAACAUUGCGCAUCUUUGCCGCAACCUGCUCGUUCUGCGGUGCAUACACCGUGUUGA